AUGCUUUAAAGUGAUUUAUUUAUUAAUUUAAAAAUAUUUAAAAUAACUUUUGUGUAUAAAGGAUUAUUAGAACUGAAGAGGAUUAAGAAGUCAAAUAUAAUAUCAAAAGAAGUCUAGCAAAGGUUAUUUUACCUAAAAAAAAUCAUUAACGAAUAUGCCGAAAGUUAGUUUUAGUACUCAUUUUAAAUACAAUCAAAAGAAUCUAUUAUAAUAUAAAUAUAUUAAAUGUUUUAAGCAAAACUGUAAGAUUUAAUGUUUAUCAACAUAGGAUUUGAAACAGAGAUUUUGGAAACCAUUAAUAAAACAUUAAAAAAUAAUAAUAGAAUAAAAGUAAUAUCUAUGAUGAAAUUUUUAAGAGGGGAAGUCUUGCAGAUAUCAAAAGCUUUAUUAAAUAAUUCGAAAGUUUUAAACCUAAAUUUCAGCUGUUCAAUCAAGAUUAAUAGUGUUUUUAUUUUGAUAGUUGUAUAAAUAAGAUUAAUGUGAUUUUAUUUCAUCGAUUAAUUACUUAAAUUCACUUUUUUAAAUUACAAAGCUGA